CCAGAUGUUCAAUUUCUGAGGAUGGAAAUCAUCGCUGAACCUCAGCGGUGUCAGUCGCCGUCGAGAGGUGUACGACAACGGACCGGACCUGUCCUCAGGAGGGGCCUACAGAUCACAUAGGGAAGAUGUAUUCGGACGCAACAGUAUAUCAGAACCACCGAAAAAACUAACGCCAUCUAUGGUGAAGCUCCCUCCAAGUAAAGAAACAAUAAAAACAUCAAAGAGUGCCAGCGACUUAAAAGACCCUAAUAAUCUACCUCCACAACUUAGGAAGAGUACACCAGAUGUCUCCACCGACCCUAAAGGGGGACCUUCAAAUAACAGAGACUCCGCAGUUUUAUAUAAGAACGCUAAACAGAACGCAAAAGACGAUAAAAAAGAGAAAGAAAAAAAGAAAGCAGAAAAGCAGCGGCUAGCAGAAGAAAAGAAGAAAGCACAGGAACAAGCGAAGCAGGAUAAAUUAAAAAUACAAAGAGAUAAGAAGAUAGCUGAGCAGCAAGCGAAAGACGUUAAAGCAAGGAAAAAGGAAAGUAAAAAAGCAUUGCCGCAAGCGAGCGUCACAAAGUCCUUAGUGCCUACGGAACCGCAGAAGAAUCCUCUAGGACGGGUGGCGACGAACACUCUAGAAAGUUCUAUAAGUCGUAGCAGUGGACCUCCGCCUUACACGGAAGAAGCUAGUCCACAAGGGAAACAAAUAAAUAAAAAUGAUACCACUGGCAACACUAGCUUUAGUAAACCAAUAGAAAAUAGUAGUUGGGAUUUGAUAUCGGAGCAUCGGAGUCAGAUUAACAGGAAUCCUGUGGCCAGUGGAUCCAGACAGAAGCAGAUGGUGCUGGAUAUGCAGCUAAGUUUUGAUAAAGCGCAAGCCAGUGACAGGGAUAAUAGUGAAGUUUGAUCAAUGUAAUAUUAAAGUUUUUUUAUAAGUUG